UUCUAUAUCUUAUUUGUAAUAUAUUUAUUAAUAAAUAAACCAUAAAUAAAAUAAUAAUUAAUCAAUAAAAAAUUAAGUUUGUGUUCAAAAUGGUUAAAGAUAUUGUAAAAAUUCUUGACAUUUCAUGGAGAUUUGGUGUAACUGCAGCAAGCAAUGAAUCUGACAACAUGGGAAAAUCAUUUCUUCAUCUAAAAUUAAGUUUAGAAGAAAAUGGCAAAGCUAAGAAUGUUUUUAUAGAAAUGACAAUAAGUGAAUUUUAUAAAUUUGUACAUGAUUUAGAAAAAGCAAAGUGUAAUCUUGAUUUAUUACUUUAGAUAGUAUUUACAAUAAUUUAGUUGUGAAUUGGAUCAUUUUAAUAUUUUAAUAAUGUAUUAUUUUUAA